CGAAGACUGCUGGACAUUCAGCUGGGUGCCAAACUCACACCCGGAACAAUCCGAUUAGACUCAUAACUACGUGCACAACAAAAAUGAAUCACUUAGUCUGCCAGUCAUCGAAGAAAUGGAGAAAAGCACCCGAUAACCGGUUUUACCAGCUCCAGCAUAAAACCGCAAUCCGUUUCAGGUUCUGGCAGGUAUAGGGCAACGCCCUUCUUAUGUUCGCCCGAAAGGGUGUCAGAAACCAGGAAGAGGGAGCUCCCGCAGCGUGUUAUAGGAAAGCAGCAUAACUUUCUGAUCUUUUUGCUACCUACGCAAUGUAAAUCUCUGCAGCUGAUGGUGAUGGUGAAAGAGACCGCCAGGAUUUCGCAGAAAUGACGCCAAACGCCAAACUCUCCGCUUGUUUUCCAGCGCUUGUGGCCGGUCUUUUGUUACUGGUUUCGUAUGCAGCAGGAAAUGUUGUGAUGACAGACAGUCCAAACACUGUCAUCAAUAUCAAGAACGUGGAGCAGACCUCCAACUGCACUGUGUGCACUAACAUUAGUGGAUGCAGCUCUGAGACCUCUUUCAAGCUACCAGCCAGCAUCUCGGUGGACUUCACUUGCCUUCAGCCACAAAUGGUCUUCACCGUGGAGAUCAGCAGAGAGAUAGUUUGCACAGAUCUGUCCUGCCAGGGGGGCGUUGUGCCGUCAGACUCCUCCAUCUACCCAGAAUUCAACAGGACAUUUAACUGGGAUGUGAAAGCCCAGUCCGGCAAAGCGUUCCAGGUGGAUUUCUUGGGGUCAGGAAUGCGACAGAUCCUGUCCUCUGAAACAUGUCCGGACCAGCAAACUUACACCAUUGUUAUCUACCAGCGAUCUGGGCGAGUUACCAUUGGCACCUUUUGCAAGGAUGGCCUGAUCCGUAGCGUGCGUUUGCUGUACAAGGGCCGGCUGUCCUUGAAAUUGCCUGGACAAGCACCAAUGGAUCCAUCAGCCUUCGAUAUUACAGUUGGACCAGAUAUCAAAGGUCUUGCUGAAGUCGCCGUACAGUUUCCCCUUGGGUCAUCUAACGUUACGCUCUUUUCACCAAACUUUCCUCUGGGUUUUCCGAGCAACGAUCUGGCGACAUGGAGCUUCUCUGUCCCACCGAAGCACAACUUCACUGUUGUCUUCCUGGGAAGUACAGCACCGCAGUGUCAGAAGAAGAGUGUGGAAGUGCAAUACAGUGGGCAGAAUCUGGGGCUCUCCACCAGCCUCUCUGACCCACAGCCUGCCCUAAGGCAAGGCGACUUCAAGAUGUCCCUCGUUAACUGUGAGGUCAAUGGGGGCUCAGGACUGUCCCUGAAUUUCGCAGUGUCUGUGUCCAGGAGAAGCAGCCCAGUGCCAUGCUUGGUGGAUCUGCAGCAAGAGAAAGACCUCACUCUUUACAUUAAGAAGAAAGACUCCACAUACUCGCCCUGUGAGAUGAAGGUGGACUCCAUCAUCCAGGAUGGGAUCACCAUGCAGUCCGGAACGCAAUUCAAUCUGUCUUUUCAAGAUUGCGGGAGUGAGGAUAUCAUGCUCACUGCCAUCAAAAGCAUAGACCUGAGGGUGUGUUCGGGGCAGAAGUCAUGCCCGGCGGAUGAGAUCCCACUGACUGUUCCUACCCUGGACCAGUGCCUCCCCGUACCGCUGCAGACGAUCACCUGGAACUUGCAGUCAUUGCAAGGGGGCACCAUCGAGCUGCGGCCCCCUGCUGGUGGCCUCAAGCAGUCUCUGGCCGGACAGGAGUGUGGCAACAGGCUCUUCCUGACAGUCAGAGAUGGUGGCGGCGUCCCGCUCGGCACCUUCUGCCCCAGAGGACCCCUGCAAGGCAUCAAGAUGCCAGCCAACGCCUCCAUUGUGACCACAGGGGCGGGGAGUUUGGGCCUGAGCAGCACAAAGGAGAGCCUCCUUAACGUGUCCUUCAGCCAAGAGAUCACAGGUAAGCAGGGCUGGCCGGGACAGGGAUUCCCCCAUGGCGGGAUUUCCAAGAGGUGCAGGAACGUUUUGAGAAUGUGUGUUUUGAUAGAUGAGCAGAACCAAUGGGCACUGGCAUUGCAGGGCACCACCCAGACAUGUGGGGAGGCAGAGAGCAUGGGAGUUCAGAACAUGCAUAGUGCAGAGAGCAUGUACAGCAGCACCCACAGCCGUAGUUACGAUGUGCUAUUUUACGAUGUGUUAAGUUUCACACGCCCUCUUCAUUUUCUCACUACAGUCCUGGCUAACAAGACUGUGCUGUUUAUUGUUGGGUGGGGUGGGACUCGAACUAAACUAUAUUUUUUGACAGCCCUGGAUCUCACCAUCAUCCUGUCGGUGGUGGGAGCCGUGCUGCUGCUGUCGGUCUUGGUGGUGGUCGCGGUCUGCGUGAUGAAGAGGAGGAAGAAAAAGUCCAUCAACAACCCCAAUGGGAACAUGUUCACUCCAGGCACUGUGUUCCACGGCGGCCACGACGUCAAUGAUUCCCAUAUGUUUGACUCCAUGAAGGGUUCUUACCACAAUCUGCCAGCACAGCCCAGCUCCAGUCAGAGCCCUGAGCCUGCGAUGGAGACCUUUCAGCCGUUCCUGGAUCCAUCGCAGGCUGCCAAGCCAGGCCGACCGCGCACGCCCAUCCUACGGCAGGACAGCUUGGCCUACACUGACCCCCGCAUGAUGGACAACGAGUUAAACACCUUCAAGAGCGACGGAGACAUGGGUCCGUUCUCCUGCUCACUCAUGGAGCUAGAACGAGAGCCAGAGGCAUACGAGGAGGAGGAGACUGACUCUGGGGCGGAAUUCGACUAGGUGAUCAUGGUACCAUCGCGACCCAUCGAUGUCGGCCGGUUUCAUUCCCAUGCUUUCAUGCCAAGUGAGCAUUUUAUAUGCCUGCAUUCUGCUGAUUUAAGGUUCUUAUGCGCUACCAUCCUCUUAGGGGAACCAGGAAACUGGACUUAAAUAGUGGGCCUAGACGUGUUCUCAGGAAAAGCCCGUCAUGACCCUUGCAGCUCUUAUUUUACCCUCAGGGUACUUUUUCUUUUGCCUUUGCUCUCAUCUUAAUUUCAAAACGUUUUAACGAAUCGUAGAGGAUUUCAGAGGAUUGCGUGUGGUGUGCCGGGUCCAUCGUGGCUCACUGUUACAGGAGAUUGAUGACUCUGGGACAGUGCCUGGUUCCCCAGUUACGCGUUUAUCUUCAUAAUGGUGGUUGGAUGCCACCAUUAUUUAUUCAGUGGACAUCUUCGGUAGCUUGGAUUGAGCCUGGGCUGUUAAACUCCCCUGCAUCGCCAAGAUGUGUAAACCUGUAACUCCUGCUUUUCCUUUAUUUCAUUGAAAUUUUAUUUUAGAUGUUUCAAAUGUGUGAUUUAAUGAGGAGUAGGUCUUUGUCUGUGCACAAUUGCAUUUUUUUAUUUCUAUGUGUUUGACUGAUGUUUCAUUCCAUUUCCCUGCUCUUUCUUCAGUCACCUGCUAAUUUUGUGGGUGGAGAAGAAUCUUCCUGUGAGAGAAGCUGUAAGACUCUGGCAAGAAGAGUGUUUUUACCAGUAAUAAUUAGUUCUUGGAUGAAAAAUAAUGUUCUCAUUUCUGUGCAGAAUUCCAGCGGUGGAACAGGAUGGGGCUUAAAUGACUUCAUGAUGGCCGGUGCUUGCUGAUUGGCAGGCUGCAAUUGCAAUUUCAUUUUUUAUUUUUUUUGCCUCGAUUUCUUAGUGGUCAAAAGUUUAUGCUUGUGAUUUUAAAAGGCCGUUCAAUUUUUAAAACUCCUUCAUCACAUAGUAGACUCUUUACAGGGCCAGUGUGUUUUAAGUUUCAAGUAUUGGCUAGAUUUAAUAUAUUUUUUACAUUUUUUGAGUAACGCGGAUUUACUGUGAAUGCUUGGAGUCACUGAUUUAAACAUGAAUUCUUCAUAUUGUGUGAUUGCGUGCCUGGAACAUGGAAGUCGUCACCUUCAGCCAACAUACCUACAAAACAAUUACAGCAUCAAUUUUAUCCUUCACAGAAAAAUUCUAAAAGAUACCUCAUAAAACCGAUAAAGGUUGAAAAGUUUUUUUGUUUUUUUUUUUAAUUAUGAAUGACGAUCCUUUUUGAUAAUUGAUACUGCUCAUUUGGAAAUAGUUUAAUUGCAUAGGUUGUUCUUUUAUGGUGUGAAAUUGUUUUGUGUGUAUUUAUUAAAAGGUCGUGAAAAGUGAAAAGAUCAUAUUUCUAACGAUGCAAAUAUCAUUUGUGUUUUUACAUAUGAUUUUUCAUUCAUUUCCGCUCGUACAAUAUCGGAAAUAGAACCAAAUGUAACACUUAAACACUGACCCCGAGCUGUAAUAUUUUGUAAAAUAUAUAAGCCUGUUGUUUAUCUGGUGCUGAACUUAAUGUGGACUUGGAGCAAAGACGUCUUUUCAGACUGUGCAUGGGGCCGAGGGUGAUUUCAUACAAAAAGUAUUAAAUGAAUAAAUUUCUUUUUAAAUGGA